UGGCGUGUAGCCGGCAUCCCCGCUUUUUCUGCAAAUUUGUUUGGAAAAUUGGAAAAUAUUAACUAAAAAUGUCGAAAGCACAUCCCCCAGAGCUGAAAAAGUACAUGGACAAGCGUAUGAUGCUGAAGCUCAACGGCGGACGCGCUGUGACCGGCAUCCUGCGCGGCUUCGACCCGUUUAUGAACGUGGUGCUGGACGACACCAUCGAAGAGUGCAAGGACAAGACAAAGAACAACGUGGGAAUGGUGGUCAUCCGCGGCAACAGCAUUGUCCUGGUCGAGGCCCUAGACCGGGUAUAGUGCCCGCUAAUGUGCGGGCCCUACCAACAGUCGCCGUCAUGGCUAUCACCGUAGCUUUUAUAUGUAGUC